GCGGUGGCCGGAAAGGUUCAAACUUCCUCGACGUUCUGAAUUUGGGAGCGUCUCGGGCCUUCGCCUGGGGGUGGAGCAUGCUCUAGGCGGAGCCUGCAAAAGUUGGAGAUGUGGAAGACCUCCUGUGGAAUCUGAAGAAGCCCUCGCAGAUUUUAAUUCCCACUCUAGAUUCUGAUCACCAUGGCAACCAGACAGAAGUUGAUGAGAGCAGUUAGAGUUUUUGAAUUUGGUGGACCAGAAGUACUGAAACUGCAGUUGAAUGUUGCAGUACCGAUUCCUAAAGACAAUCAGGUUCUAAUCAAGGUCCAUGCAUGUGGUGUCAAUCCUGUGGAAACAUACAUUCGCUCUGGUACUUAUAGUAGAAAACCACUCUUACCCUAUACUCCUGGCUCAGAUGUGGCUGGGGUGAUAGAAGCAGUUGGAGAUAAUGCAUCUGCUUUCAAGAAAGGUGACAGAGUUUUCACUAGCAGCACGAUCUCUGGAGGCUAUGCAGAGUAUGCUCUUGCAGCAGACCAUACUGUUUACAAACUGCCUGAAAAACUGGACUUUAAACAAGGAGCCGCCAUCGGUAUCCCAUAUUUUACUGCUUAUCGAGCUCUGAUCCACAGUGCCCGUGUGAAAGCUGGAGAAAGUGUUCUAGUUCACGGGGCGAGUGGAGGAGUUGGAUUAGCAGCCUGCCAAAUUGCUAGAGCUUACGGCUUAAAGGUUUUGGGCACUGCUGGUACUGAGGAAGGACAAAAGGUUGUUCUGCAAAAUGGAGCCCAUGAAGUGUUCAAUCACAGAGAAGUUAAUUAUAUUGAUAAAAUUAAGACAUAUGUUGGUGAGAAAGGAAUUGAUGUAAUUAUUGAAAUGUUAGCUAAUGUAAAUCUUAGUAAAGAUUUGAGUCUUCUGUCGCAAGGAGGACGAGUGAUAGUUGUUGGCAACAGAGGUACUAUUGAAAUAAACCCACGGGACAUCAUGAUAAAGGAGUCGAGUAUAAUUGGAGUUACUCUCUUUGCCAUAACCAAGGAGGAAUUUCAGCAAUAUGCAGCAGCCCUUCAAGCUGGAAUGGAAAUUGGUUGGUUGAAACCUGUAAUAGGUUCUCAGUAUCCACUGGAGAAGGUGGCUCAGGCUCAUGAAAAUAUCAUUCAUGGCAGUGGGGCUACUGGAAAAAUGAUUCUUCUCUUAUGAUGAUUAAUUAUUUCAUGGAUUUCCUAUGUAAUUAGAGGUAUUGUCUUUCCCCCAGUUGGACUUACCCUAUCUUUUCUUUAAUUAACAUUCAAUUCAGUGAGUUUCUUAUGUGAAAAAAUAAGAUUUUUAUUUGGAGAGCAGAAGCAGAAGAGUAGAAUUCAUUGUAUAGCUAGCAAUAUUUUUUAUGCCAUCUGUCUCAAAUCAAGGAGUCAUCACAGUAGCAAAUAGCAUGUUAGUGGUCAUUUGGCAUGAGGAUGCAUUCCAGUAAUUCUUAAAUGAUGCUUGAUUAAUUCCAUACCUUUGAUUAAAACAUGCUAGUUCACAAUAAGACUGCUCAGUUUCCAAGGGUUUUCAAUCCUACUUACCUUUCUAAAGGUUCUCUAGUCUCUGAUUAGCCAUGACUGUAUUGGACUUUGAAGAUUUUUUUGGACUAAAAAACCUCUCUUCUAAACUAAUCUUUCUUGGAUCUAUAAAUCUUUUGUAAAGGCAAGAAUAAAGAAUGUCCAGGAUAAUUCAUUAGUUUUCUCAGGAUUUUCUCAAAUAUUAGAAUAGUCACUUCAUUGUUGGCUAGCUGCCAAUGACUCCAUAUGUUCUGUGAGAACAGGAGCUUUAUCUCUGCUAUAAUACAUAGCCUCCAAAUAGGUAAUACUUCUCAAUUGAUUAGAUUUUCAGAGUAGAUUUAGGUUAUCUGUUUGUGUGGUGAGGGUCAUAUAUUUUUGUUGAAAAUUUAUCAAAUUUUAUCACAAAUUUGAUAAAUUAAUGAUCUGCAUUUGUCUCAUAACAUAAUGUGUAAUAAAAUCUAUGGAAAAUUAAAACUUGCUUUCUAGUUUUUAUGGUAUUUGCUUCUUAUCACUUCUGCAUAGCUCCUCACAGUCACUUCUUAACAGUGCUCUUUGCUGGAAGCCUUUAUCUGAAUUAAAUGCAGUGAUGACUUCUUAGCAGGCUUGCCAUCAAUACUAUGUUCAGGAAAAGAAAAAGUUUGGCUGCUUGUUGUUUCUGUUUUUCUUCACAUGAGCACAUCCUUUUGUCUUCUUACAUGAUGUGGUUGAUUGUUUUGACCUGAUUUGUCCUAUUGAAUGACAAUUUCUGGCUUGAACAUGGAAUUCUGCCUCAAUAAUAAACAGAAAACACAGCUAAUUUUUAUAGUUGAAGGAUAAUGUUGGCUUCUGGCUGUAUGUGCCAUGGCUGAAGUGUUUUUGCUAUUAGCAUUUUCCAACUUUAUCCACUAUUUCUUUUAUAGGUUAACUGUCCUGUAAAAUAACACUGAAAAAAAAGGGUUAAAGCAAUGUCACCAAUAUAGGCUAGCAUUUUAUUUGCAUCCUAAAAUGGAGGAUUCCUUUCCAUGCCACAAGGUAAAAGACUAAUUAUUCUGCAAAAGUCAGUUUAAUCUGUUUGUACCUUUGCCUCUUCUAUAGAAAGAGUCAAAGCAUACAGAUGACAACAUUUCACAAUACAUUGAUACAGUUCAGUUAAUCUUGAAGGCAAAACAAGCCAAACUGUAUGUAUUAAUACCAUAUUUAUGAAUAUGUAGCACUGGGUAUGUUCUCUGCAUAAAUCUGUGUAGUUCUAGUCUUGUCCCAACUUUCAGCCAACUGCAUUCACUACUUGGGUGGUGCCUGUGGCCUUAGGGCUACUGCAUAGUAGUGCCUGCUCCUGAUGAAAAGUAGAGAAUAACCUGUAUAGUAAACAAGCAUUGUUUCACUCAGUCUUGGAUUUCUGUUCCUGGUUGCUUUGACUUCGGUGACCUAGAGUCACAUAAUGUGUUCAAGACCAAAUUGGUCAGCACCCUGAGCCCAAAAAGGUGAAUCAACAUACCAGAGGUCACAUGACUAGGAAAUUCAAAUUCAGCUGACUUUUUUCUAGGCUAUUGAUAUAAAACCAUAAAUUUAAAUUCCCAGGCCUUUGGCUUUCCUUGCUCACUAUACCUCUGGCUUCUCUAAUAGAUUAUUCUGUUGAUCCAUUAGUUCAACAAGUAUUUACUUAGUACCUAGAGUCUGAGAAAGCACCCUCCUGGAUUUUGAGAAUACAGAGGUAUGUAAGACAGAGUCCCUAACCUUAAACUCAUAGUUGGGUACGGAUGAGAACCAAGUAAAACAUUUUAGAGUACAAGAGAGUGUCAGACAGGGUUCUCCAGACAAACAAUAAGAUGUAUGUGUAUUAAGAGAUGUGUUUAAGAGAAUUUGCUCAUGCAGUUAUGGGGAAUGGCAAGUUAAAAUCUGUAGGGCAGGCCAGCAGGCUGGAAAUGCAAGUAGUUUCUAUUGUUCCAGUCUUGAAGAAUUCUUUUUCUGGGAAACCUAGUUUUUUUGUUCUUAAGGCUUUCAGCUGAUUGGAUGAGGCCUACCUGCAUUAUUGAGGGACAUCUCCUUAAAAUCAACUGAUAAUUUUUUAUAAACACAUAAGUAGGACAUGAUGACUAUGUUGACACAAAACUAACCAUCACAAGGGUGACAGACACAGAGGAGGGGCACUUAGUGUAGCUUGAGAUUCACAAUCAUACAUUUAAUACAUUUGUUGUAUUUGGUAGCUGUCUCCAUCCAUAGUAGCUCUAACCAUAGAAGUGAAAAAUAGAAUGCUUCUGAAAGGAAAAAAAAAAACCUAGCAUUUUAUAAUGUCCUUAACUUAGCUUAUUGAGUCAAGAAAUUACAUAUGUGCCAAGGGGCUUCCCCAGUUCAUAGUGUAAAGAGUUUUCUUUUUCUGCGCAGUUACCAGGAACAGCAAAACCUGUCAGGUCACUUUGACCUACCUCUUUCAGCCUCCUCGACCAUAUCUUACAAACAGAAAAACACCUCAGGUCACUGCUCAAUCAUUUCUUUCUAAUACUGUCAUUUUUUUUAGUAUAGUGCUUCCAAAUGUCAUUUAAAAAUUGUCAUAUGACAAUUUUACUAAUCCAUAGGGCUCAUACUGUGAGAAUUUCCUACAUCCAAGGAAAGGGCUUAGAAAAUGUUAUAGAAAGAGACAUAAGUUCACUUUGGUCUGUGUCCACUCCUAAGUCAUACAUGGAGACAGUCUGUGUAUGUCAUUAAAAGUGAGUCUAAUACUCAUCCCAAAACCAUUAUGUGAUACAGAUGUUCAUUAAAUGUGCUAAAUAUAACCACAGAUAGCAGUCACUGAUUUAUUCAUUUCUAACUUUAUGUAAAAAUACCCACAAAACUCCAGUAGUAGAAGAAAGUGAAGAGUAUACCUUGUGCCAAAAUCCAUUGGGAAUUUCUAACAUCAGUGUCAAUCAUUUGAUUCAUUGAACCAAAUUAUGUACAGAGUAGGCAGGAAAAAGCCACAACUCAAUCACUGCCCCAUGACAGAUAUAACUUGUCCAAAACUCCCAUUGUUUAGCUUCACUGAAGAAGCUAGUUUUGGGUUAAAUUAAGUUUAACCCUAAAUAAAUAAAGGGUCUGUCAAACACUUACAUUAAUUUCAUUGCCCUGGCUUUCAGAAAGCUAACAUCGUGCUCUGUACAGAAGGGAAAGAUUUCAGCAGGAAGGGGAGAGAGGAACAUGAAUGGAUACAAGACUAAGUACAUGUAACCAGUGAACUUAUGAAAGGAGUUGUUCAACCUCACUAGUAACAGAGGAAAUGACACUCAUGUACUAUUGGCAGGAGUAUAAAAUUGUUUUUGUUCCGGAGAAUAGGUAAGUAAUGUCUUUAAAUUUUAAAAUGUGGAUUUCCUUUGAUCCAUUAAUUCUACCACAGAAAUUUAUCCUAAAAAGAUAGACAUAUAUGGAAAGAUGUGCCAAAAUUGUUUUCGUUGCAGCAUUGAUUAUUAUAGUGAAAUAUUGGAAACGACUUAAAUUUCCAUCAAUUGAAUGAUUUAACAUGCCAAUCAAUACAUCCAUACAGUGCAAUACAAUGUAACUAUUAUAAUGACAAAGUAGACCCAUAGUUCUAGACAUGGGAAAAUGUUUAAGGCAUGCUAUUAACAGUAUUAUUAAUAAGUUUGAAAAGCAGAUAUGGGAGAUAUGUAGUAUAAUUCUACUAACAUAUAAUCCUUUUUGUGUGUGCAUUUCAAGAUAUACCUAGUAGAUAGUUACCAAAAUGAUUUGUCUUAGUGCUGGGAUUAUAAAUAUUUUCCCCAACACUUUUCAAACAUAUUCAAAUUGAUCAUUUUUAAUAAAAAGUUGUUUCUGACAAAUCAGUAGCUAAAUUCUAUUUAGGAAGAAUAAUUUAUUAAAUAAUAAAUAUUAAUCUAAAUCUUAAUGUCAAAAAUAAAAAUAAACUCCAGAUUUCUAAAUAUAUAUAUAUAUAUAUAUAUAUAUAAAAUUUUGAAUCUUCUGUAAUUGUCUGCCUGCACAUUCAGAUUAACAGUUGUCCCUUGGUAUACAUGAGGGAUUGAAUCCAGAACCCUCUGAAUAUACCAAAAUCCUCACAUACACAAGAACCACAGUCAUCCCUGUAGAACCGGCAUACAUUAAAAGCCAACACUCCAUAUUUAUGGGUUUCACAUCCUGCAAAUACACCUGCAUUUGGUUGAACAAAACAAAAUCUGCAUAUAAGUGGAGGCAUAUAGUUCUAACCCAUGUUGUUCAGUGGUCAACUGUAGUUCUUACAUGUGCAGAAAAUUUAUUCUUAUAACAUGCUCAGUAAAAAAAUUAUAGUGUGUUUGUAUUGAAUUUGAACUAAGUGGAUCAUAAUAAUUUAGUUUUUUUUUAAAUAAUAAAUUGUCCUUUGAAAAAAGUUCCAUUUUCUUUUCAAAAGAUAAAGCAUUCUUCAGGCGAUGGGAACUAUCUAUUUUUGGAGGAAAACUUUGUGUUUGCAUUUCUAGAAAUGAAGGAUCAGUUUAACUCAUGGCUAAUAAGAAACUCAAAAUGAACUUGGGCUUAUUGAUUGGUUUUGGAUGUUUAUUUUUAUUGUAGCAUCACAUUUGAAAUCCAAUUUUAAGCAUCACCUCUAAUCAAAGCUCUUUUAGUAUGUGUGACAAAUGCAUUUUAACAAAAUUGUACCCAUGUAUUAUUUGGUGAAAUAUUUUGCUUAGGAAUUAACACUGCAAUUCUGUUUCACAGUUUAUCCAUGUAAUUUGAGUUUUUACAUGUCUUGCAGUUUCUUUCAUCCUAGAGUAGCUUUGGGUUUAUUAGCUGGUUUCACUUAGUCUUGUUUAUAGGUCUAUCACUAUAGCUUCUAAGUGCGUCUCAGAUUAUGUUCUCUUUUAUGUCUAUCAAACUGCGUUUCCACAUAAAUGAAAACUCUUCAAUUGCUGGAA